CUUGUCGCGCUGCGAGAUAAAGGGUGCGGUUCUUGGUCUCAUCCCCAUCACUUUUAUUUUUCUUUUUUGACAUCAAGAUGUGUGGGAUAUUUGCCGUGUUUGGCUGUGGCCAGGAUACUGAUUCUUUCCGCCCUCGUGCGGUGCAACUAAGCAAAAAGGUUCGCCAUCGUGGACCUGACUGGAGUGGGGUCAAAGUCUGUGGGAACAACAUUAUCUGCCACGAGCGAUUGGCUAUCGUUGGUGUCGAGAGUGGAGCCCAACCGCUCACUAACGAGGACGGAUCCAUCAUCUUGACCGUCAACGGAGAGAUUUACAACCAUGUUACGCUACGUAAGCUAUUGAAAAAGCCUCACAAGUUCCAGACCAACUCGGAUUGUGAGAUCAUUUUGCACUUGUACGAUGAGAUGGGCGUGGAGCUCUUGAACCACCUCGACGGAAUGUACAGUUUCGUACUUUACGAUCAAAAGAAGGAUCUGUACAUCGCUGCUCGCGACCAUGUCGGCAUUACCACUUUGUAUCAAGGCUGGCGCAAUGAAGACAACUCUGUGUGGUUUGCAUCCGAGAUGAAAUGCCUGAACGAAGAUUGCGAUCGUAUUAUCGCCUUCCCACCAGGUCACUACUACAACAGCAAAACCGGAGAAACCAUCCAAUACUACAAGCCAGAGUGGUAUGGACACAUUGCUGCGGGAUAUCCUAGCCUUGACGAUGAGGAAAAAGCAUUGUCACCUGAGCAGGACAAAGAGAUGUACACGGCCCUUAGAACGGCACUGGAGAAAUCUGUCAAGAAGCGACUCAUGAGUGAAGUGCCCUAUGGUGUGCUGUUGAGCGGCGGCCUAGACUCGAGUCUGAUCGCUUCGAUCGCGGUGAGACAAAGACGUAUGGAGGAGUCAGGAUCAGUGAGCUCCAACGAAGAGGAUGAUGAUGAUGACAUCAAAUCUGCAUUUUCUUCAUCAUCUGCAUUCCCUCGUCUCCACUCCUUCUCUAUUGGUCUCCCGGGAUCGCCUGAUCUUAAAGCUGCCCAGCGAGUCGCUGCGUUCCUUGGAACUGUACAUCAUGGCUUCACAUUCACUGUCCAAGAAGGUCUGGAUGCAAUCGAAGAAGUGAUUGAGCACUUGGAAACAUACGACGUGACGACGGUCCGUGCUAGUACUCCAAUGUACCUUUUAUCCCGAAAGAUCAAAGCCAUGGGCGUGAAAAUGGUCCUCAGUGGAGAGGGCUCAGAUGAGAUCUUUGGAGGAUAUCUAUAUUUCCACAGCUCCCCGUCAGCACAAGCACUUCACCAUGAAUGCAUCACCCGUAUUCAGAACCUUCACACAUCUGACUGUCUUCGCGCCAACAAGGCAACCAUGGCGUGGGGUCUUGAAGCCCGCGUCCCCUUCCUUGACAAAGCAUUCCUCGACGUUGCCAUGCUGCAAGUUCCCGCCAACCAUAAACUCUCCCGUCGCGCACCGUACAAUCAUGAAAUUGAGAAAUAUGUGAUUCGUAAGGCGUUUGAUAACCCCGAAGAUCCUUAUCUACCCGACGACAUUCUCUGGCGCCAAAAGGAACAGUUCUCAGAUGGUGUCGGAUACUCUUGGAUUGACUCUUUGAAAGACAAUGCUGACAGCAAGGUGUCAGAUGAGGACUUUGCAAAAGCCACAGAGCGCUUUCCCCACGACACUCCCACGACAAAGGAAGCAUAUUGGUAUAGGGAAAUCUUUGAGCAGAAGUUCCCACAAAAGGCGUGUUUGGAGAGUGUAGUCAGAUGGAUUCCGAGAAAAGACUGGGGUUGUCCCGAGGAUCCCUCUGGUCGUGCCCAGAAGGCUCACAAUGCAGCCUACGAGAAGGCGGCCAAUGGUACUCAUUAAAUGUCUGACAUGAUGGAUGUAGAUAGAGAAUGACGGAGUCUUGGAUCUGGGAUUUUCUCCAUACUCCUGCAACUAUAUGCGAAAGUGACGGUGAAUCACGAUUUAUAUACAUUUGCUGUACAUUCUGUUUACAAAUCAGUCACGUCUUGCUUCAAGUUUCGUUUUUCACUUGCGACCUGUUUGAAACAUACAUGAUACAUAAAUGUGAAUAUGAAUACCUUGCAAAAAGGAGGGGAACGAC